AAUUCCCCGAGCCAAGUCCAGUUGUAGACCUUCAGCAUGGCGCGGUGAUAAAUAAAUAAAUCCAUCCUCCUGCCUGUUUUGUUUUGUUUCGCAUCUGCUCUCUUUUCAUCUUUUAUCCCAUUCCUCUACAUUAAUUCGUACCCUUCUUCCAUUGUCGUUCACCCUGACCAGUCUCGAGGCAUAAUCUACCUUAUACCAGCCUCCGUAUCUACCCUAGGUACCCACUACUCUUCCUCCUCCCUCCUAUAUACCCAGACCCCUCUCUACACGAUGAGCGCAACAAACGGUAGCUCCACGGCAGCGCCGUCCAAGAAGAACAUUGGCGUCUUCACGAACCCCAAACAUGACCUCUGGAUCAACGAGGCCGAGCCAAGUCUGGAAAGCGUGCAAAAGGGUAGCGAUGAGCUCAAGGAGGGCCAGGUCACCAUUGCCAUCCGGAGCACAGGAAUCUGCGGCUCCGACGUUCACUUCUGGCACCACGGUUGCAUCGGCCCCAUGAUUGUCCGUGAAGACCACAUCCUCGGGCACGAAUCAGCAGGCGAGAUCAUCGCUGUCCACCCAUCCGUCACGUCUCUCAAGGUGGGCGACCGCGUGGCGGUGGAGCCGCAGGUCAUCUGCUACGAGUGCGAGCCGUGCCUUACGGGACGUUACAACGGCUGCGAGAAGGUCGACUUCCUCUCAACGCCGCCGGUGCCCGGGCUUCUGCGACGCUACGUCAACCACCCGGCCGUGUGGUGCCACAAGAUCGGCGACAUGAGCUGGGAGGACGGAGCGAUGCUUGAGCCACUGAGUGUGGCGCUGGCGGGCAUCCAGCGCGCAGGCAUCACUCUCGGCGACCCCGUACUCGUGUGUGGUGCGGGUCCCAUCGGUCUCAUCACAUUGCUGUGCGCCAAGGCGGCGGGUGCGUGCCCGCUCGUCAUCACAGACAUCGACGACGGCCGCCUCAAGUUCGCCAAGGAACUAGUGCCCGACGUCAUCACGUUCAAGGUCGAGGGCCGGCCGACAGCCGAGGACGCGGCCAAGUCCAUCGUCGAGGCAUUUGGCGGCGUUGAGCCGACCCUGGCCAUAGAGUGCACGGGUGUGGAGAGCAGCAUUGCCAGCGCCAUCUGGGCAGUCAAGUUCGGCGGCAAGGUGUUCGUCAUCGGAGUCGGCCGCAACGAGAUCAGCCUACCGUUCAUGAGGGCGUCGGUACGCGAGGUUGAUCUGCAGUUCCAGUACCGUUACUGCAACACAUGGCCGCGGGCGAUCCGGCUGAUCCAGAACAAGGUCAUCGACCUGACCAAGCUGGUCACACACAGAUUCCCGCUUGAGGACGCACUCAAGGCGUUCGAGACGGCGGCAGACCCCAAGACGGGCGCGAUUAAGGUACAGAUCCAGAGCUUGGACUAAGGGAUGGGAAGGGGGUCGGAGGAGUAGAGUUGAUGUAAAUACAAAUAAUGUGACAGAGAUGAAUUUGAACCUUUUUUGUCGACGACUAGGUAGACUGCAUUGCGACUCAUAAUCGUUCUCUCACUGAUAAUCAGUUAGCAUUCUUCCCUUACCAACAUAUGCUCAUCCUAAUCAUCAUGUUAAAAGGUCAGCUUGUGCUUCCAUGAGUGUUGCCGAGCAUUCAUGCAGUCAACGCGUGAAGGAAAAAGCAUGUGAUAG